CUACCGUCUCUGUUUCAGCUCUGUUUCAUUUCCCCAAAUCCAAAAACGAUAUGUCGCCGCCGCAACAGUAACCUCACGCCGCCGACAGUAUCUUCUCUCUAUCUCAUCUUUCAAGCAAACCUUAUCAUCAUCGCAAGGUUUUGUUUAGGUAAAACAUUGAUUUGGGUUUGUUUUGGCGAUGGGAAGAGAAUUAAACGUCUUGAUUCAAUCAAUUGAAAAGGAAGAUUCUUGUUCAAAACCCAUAUCUUUAGAAACCCCUGUUACUCCCGAUUCGAUUAGAGAAAUGAUGUUGUUAUCAUCAUCUUCAGAGGUUGAUAACAAUGGUGGAACUGGAAGUCCUCGUACUCCGAAAGAUACUCAAUUUAACCCUUUUUCACCUGGUUCAGAGAAUCUGUUAAAUGCUCCUAUGCGGAAAAAACACUGUGAAGAUUCUCAUGGUAAGAUCUUCCGUAGGCUUGUUUAUGGAUUGGGGAAGAACCAUAAACUUGAUCUUGAUGAAGCUGAACCUGAAUCUGAAGAUGAGAGAAUGUGGGUUAGAGAUUUGUAUGGUGAUCUCUUAGAAGUGAUAGCUUAUGGACAAGCUGAAGAAGUUCUAGCUGCUUUUCCUGAUCAGUUUGAUGAUGGGUCUGAUGCAUCUCCUUCAACAGAUUCUUCUUUACCUGUUUUUAAUGGGAUUGCUGAAACUUGCCCAGCUGCUCCAAGGAAGAUGGAUGAUUCUCUGAAGAAAUCGAUUGUUAUGGACAACAGUUUAUGUAAGAAGCUUGAAUUCUAAAUUAUGUGUGUUCAUCUUUAUUCAAAGCUUUUUCUCUAGCAAUGGAAUGGAAUGGAAUGGAUUGGAAUUGAUAGAUGGAUUCUCUUCACCUGUAAACAUUAGUAUGUUGUUUCUUUUUUUACUUUUUUAAAGAUUAUUUUGUGAAAUAUGAUCAUUUGGAAAAGCUUUGGAUUAA